UGCACAUAAACACAUGCUGGCAUGCUCCAUUGCGUCUGAGGCUGUGGUGUAAAGCUGUCUUUUGUAGUUACGCCUCGGUUCAAAGUACAAGAGUUGAUUUUUAUUCUGUAUUUUUUAUUCUAACUACUUCCUUCUUCAUAAAUCACUGCAACAUUUCCUCAUUCUCAGGGUCAAAACAACAUGAAGACUGCAGGAAGAGAGGGAGAAGAGCUUAUCAGUGCAGGUUUAUAGACCAAUAAUCUUCUCUGAUAUACUAAAUACUCUUUGUGAAUUCAUCACUGCUCUGAGAGCUGCACGAGGAAACAACAAGGAACAAACUUUCUCAGGACCGAGCUGAACUGCUGAGUCGAAGCUAGUGUGAAGUGAGCCAAAGCUGAACCAAAACCAGGCCAGAAGAAGCACACAGAUUUAGUUGGACAAUGUCUGUGCCAGCCAGAGUCGUCCACCAGAGGAGAGCGACUAUCACAGAUCUGCCUCUCUACUAUUCUGGACGCCUGCGGAAGAAACUCGCCAAAGAGAAGGAUUUCAAGAAGUUCUACGCAGAGCUCCGCGGAGCCACACUGUUUCUGUACAAAGAUGACAUGCAGGACACAUACACAGAGAAGCUGGACCUGGAGCAGCUGAUAUCGAUGGAGUUAGACUCUCCAUAUCAGAGGAAGACUCCAACUAUCUUCACUCUCUCCCUGUCCACAGAGCAGGUGCAGCUACAGAUGGAGAACUCUGACACCGGAGAGGAAUGGAGGGGUUACAUCCUGACUGUGGUCAAAAAAGAGAUUCCCAGUAAGCUGCAGCUGCUGCCGGGCCAGAUGUUGCUGCUGCAGGAGGCUCUGGACGAGGAGAAGAGAAGAAAUCCCCUCACGUCACGUCCACCGCUCCCACCCCGACCAGCCUUCCUCCGUCCAUCCUCAGACUCCCCCUCACCCUCUGCUCCACCUGACACCCCUGACCCCAACAGCCCUGACACUCCUGCGUGUUUCUUCAGCGUGACUCGGCAGCAGGCCGAACAAAUGUUGGAGGAUUAUCCCGAGUAUGGAAGCAUCAUCCUCCGCCCAUCAACCCAAGGCAACAACUACGCCAUAACCCUCAGACAACUGACACCAAGUGGGCCUGUCAUGAAGAACUACAGAGUGACCUCCAAAAAAUCAGGGUUCAUCAUUGAACUGGACACAGCAGUGACCGUCUCCUCGUUGAAUGAUGUCAUUAAAUACUUCCUUGAAAAGACAGAGUACCGCCUGUGUCCCUACAUACCGUCUCAGCCCUACGACAUUCGCAUCGAUGUGUCACCUGCUCCAGAGUGCAUCAGCGUGACCUCACCUGAACCUAAAGCCGUACCAAGGGCUCAAGUGGCUCAUAAAGCCAUACCCAGAGCUCAAGUGGCUCCUAUGCUGCGUUCACAGACCAAAACAGAGCCUGUGCCACCUCCAACAAACCAAGAGGAGGAUGACUAUUUGGUUCCUGAUGAUCACAACCAAAAGCCAGAUGGGUUUGGUGGAGAGCUUCGGGAGGUUUUAAAGCUACGGAGGGCAAACUUGUACGUAACAACUGACGACAUGAAAGACACUGAAUAUGAGAAUGAAACCAGUGAAAAGUCUCACUCAGGCACUGCACAGUGGACCUCAAACGGUGCAACAAUGUGAGGAAUGGACUGCUGCUGCUGAGUCACGACCUCACAAGCUCUGCUCUUUAAUGUUUAACUUUUACCUUCAGCUGCAAGAUUACAUGCACCUUAAAGUUGUGUGGCAGUUAAAUGAACCUCUUCAGGAUCCAACUAUAUUCCAAAUGCACAAUUACUGUAAAAUAUUGUAAUGUAUUGUAUAAUUGCAUUAUUAUAUAUAUGCAUAAUUGUUAACACUUAUAUGUAUCUACAUACAAAAAGGAAAACUCACCUCUAAUGCAAUAUUCACAGGAAAGAAUUUACUCAAAGACAGUGGUGGAAUGAAACUAAGUACAUUAUUACUCAAGUACUGUACUCAAGUUUCUAUAUAUGUAACUUUUUAUUUCUACUCCACUACAUUUCAGAGGCAAAUAUUGUACUUUUUACUGCACUACAUUUAGCCGACAGCUUUAGUUACUUUUUAAAAAUGAUUGUGCAUGUUGUUGCAUUAUUAAGUAGUUAAAAUCAGCCCUACCUUGACAACAAUACAAUGCUGCUUAAAUGAAUGCAUCAAAGAUUACAAUAUAUUUGUUAUAUAUAAAACCAUCUGAGUGGGGCCUUUCUGUGUAACGAGUACUUUUACUUUUGAUACUUGAAGUACAUUUUGAUGCUGAUACUUUUGCACUUUACCGAAGCAAGUUUUAAAUGCUUUUACUUAUAGUGGAGUAAUUCUGUAGUGUGGUAUUAGUACUUUUACUAAACUAAGGGAUCUGAAUACUUCUUCUGAUGCAAUAUUCACAGGAAAUAAUUCAAUAAAUAAUUAUUUUGUUCACUAUUUGGGUUAAUUGUACAGUCUAUAAGUUGUUUUGUACUGUUAUUGUUAAACACUGAAUACAUUAUAUAUUGCCACUAAAGUAGAAUUAACUCAAAUAAAUACAAUAUGUAAAAUGUUGCCAAAUAAAAAGACUUCAUGAUUCUUGCCACAGAGCAGUUAGUUUGAGACCCCCUCCAUUUGAAUAUACUGGAUUUUUACAUCGCAACAAGAAAACAUGAACACAGAAGAAAAUCCAGGUAGAUUUUCUUGAUAAAAGAUUUACAGAUCACUGCUCGUUUCAUCAUUUAGUAAAGCAGAUAAUUUUUUGUCUAGAUAACAAGCGAUAACAGCGCUUUGAUACAAACUU